AUGCGUGGAGCGAGUUCUCUCAUAGUCGACGACUGGUACCAUAUGGUGCACAUGACCGUGGUGAAGAGAUCUGCUGAACCGCAUCUCGGUGUCCACGGGAGGCUGAUGCAGGACCGCAGAGUGCGUCGCGCGGAACAGCAGCGGGUGAAACUGCGAACAAAACGGGACCUGAUCAUCAAACGCGGUCCAUCCAACCUGAGGACCGUGCUUAACGAUGAGAUGUGGCCCCAAAUGUGGUAUCUGAAUAGAGGAAAGGGAUUAGACAUGAACGUGCAAGAAGCCUGGGCCGAAGGAAUUACGGGACGUGGGAUCGUGGUCACGAUACUUGACGAUGGAUUGGAAAUGGAUCAUCCAGAUCUGUCAAAGAACUAUGAUCCACAGGCGAGUUAUGAUGUCAAUAACCAUGAUGAAGAUCCCAUGCCGCGGUACGACGUCCUAGACAGUAAUCGACAUGGCACAAGAUGCGCCGGCGAAGUGGCCGCGACUGCCAACAAUUCCCUGUGCGCCGUAGGAGUUGCAUUCGGUGCCGGCGUUGGAGGAGUGAGAAUGUUGGAUGGAGACGUAACAGACGCGGUUGAAGCGAGAUCGCUGAGCCUGAAUCCUCAGCAUAUCGACAUUUACAGUGCCUCCUGGGGGCCGGACGAUGAUGGGAAAACCGUCGAUGGCCCCGGCGAGCUUGCAACCAGAGCUUUCAUCGAGGGCAUCACGAAGGGUCGGAACGGUAAAGGGUCGAUUUUCGUCUGGGCGUCAGGAAACGGUGGCAGGGAUCACGACAACUGCAAUUGCGACGGUUACACGAACAGCAUUUGGACGUUGUCGAUCAGCAGCGCGACGGAGAACGGCCAGGUGCCCUGGUACAGCGAGGCGUGUUCGUCCACGCUGGCCACCACCUACAGUUCCGGCUCGUCCGGCGAGAAACAAGUGGUAACGACCGAUCUGCAUCAUCUCUGCACGAGCAGUCACACGGGCACGUCGGCGUCGGCACCGUUGGCCGCUGGUAUCUGCGCCCUCGCGCUCGAGGCGAACAAAGAACUCACCUGGCGGGACAUGCAGCACAUCGUCGUGAGAACCGCGAAACCGGCUAAUCUCAAAGCGAUGGACUGGGUCACUAACGGUGUAGGCAGAAACGUGAGUCAUAGUUUCGGCUAUGGAUUGAUGGAUGCUGCAGCCAUGGUACGUUUGGCCAGGAGGUGGCGGACAGUACCGGAACAACAUAAAUGCGAGGUUUCUGCACCGCACAACGGCAGGGCAAUACCACCGAAGAGUCAGUUAACUCUGGAAUUGCACGUCAAGGAGUGUAGCGGCGUUAAUUUCCUCGAGCACGUACAGGCUAAAGUUACGCUGAUGGCUUCGAGGAGAGGUGACCUUCAGAUCCAACUUACAUCACCUCAGGGUACGAGGAGCGUCCUUCUCGCGAAAAGGCCGCACGACGUUUCGAAGGCUGGUUUCAAUCAAUGGCCAUUUAUGUCUGUUCACACUUGGGGCGAAAGGCCGCACGGGACGUGGAAACUUGAAAUCCACAAUGAGGGUCGAUACCAAGGUCGCGCGACGCUCCACGAAUGGGCGUUGAUAUUUCACGGAACGUCGACGCUGCCCGAUCGGACGGAAUACGCGUUGUACAAUCCAGCUGGGAUCGGCAUACCCCGAAGACCGUUCGUAAAACCGCGCGAGACUAUAUUUUCGAAAACGCAAAAUUCCUUGACGAGCGUGAAGAGCAAGCAGACCCAGCAUAAGACCGAGAAAUCGGGCAGUCUGAGCCCCCCGUACGUGGUGAACGCGCAGAUACAGUCGCAGAGGAAGGGCAAAGUACGCGGUCAGCACAAGAACGGAAAAUCGGCCAAUAAACCAACGCCAAAGCCGACCGUGCAAACGUUACGGGGUUUAAACGCUGCCCGAGGGCCAAACGUAGCCGGCGAAGUUCGCCUGGUCACGUCCAGGCCUCGAGGAAGAAGCACGCCGAGUCCCAUCGUCACUACUACCGUCACUACCACCGUUGUUCAUACAAGUCCCGCCCCAACGACAAUUCCGACCACAAGACCGAGCAGCAGGCAAAGGAUCAUCGACGUAGUGACCACCUCGUCGCUUCAGAGGGGUUUAAUCCUGCUGGAACCGCCGCCGAAAACUGUUAUCAACCAAGUGCCGGCGAUCUUCCAGCAGUAUCCGAAAAUUCAACAGCUCUAUCCUCUCUAUCCCGUGUACGCUGGUGUUAGAGGUGCUGGACAGCACGCGACCAGGGCUAAGGGCCUUGACUUGCUCCAGGAUGAACAGUUCGAUUCGAAAAACUGGGACAAGGACGCUUUGAGGGAGUUCAAGCUGGUGUUCUACGGUACGGAAACGUCGCUUGAGUUCGACGACGACCUGGACCAGGACAAAUUAGUGCCACCUAUCAAUCAUCAGGACGUUGACCAGGACAACACAGCGAUCGGCGUAAGGCACAACAUCGUGGACACGGAGGGCGACCCGUGGACAGGUAGCCAACAGGUAGAACGCGUCUCCCACCCGGAGGUGCAGAAGCCGACGACCGAGAACCAGACCAGCAGCGGUUGCAGCAGCGUGGAUCCCGGGAACGGCAGGUGCCUAGAGUGUAAGCUGAACUGGAACUACUAUGACGGGACCUGUGUGUACGAAUGUCCGAUCGGCACGUACAGCGUCUCGGAUGAGACGAAAUCGGUUUGCUCCAGCUGCCAUUACUCCUGCCUAACUUGCUCGGGACCCUCUGAGACGGAGUGCACCAGCUGCCACGAGGACGCCGAGCUAUCGUCGAACCUCGGCGAGUCGAUCUGCGUUCUACGGGAGAUCUCAUGGACGAUGCAGUCCACUCAAUGGUACUACCGGAUGGUCGUCUUCUUCUCCAUCAACUUGCUCGUCUUCGCCGCAGCAGUCAUAUACGUGGCGACAAAGUGGCAUCUGAGGAGAUCGCGAACGUAUGGAUACAGCAAGGUCUCGUACUCGAGCAACGGAAAUGCGAAUAAAGACACUGACAGACUUCAGGAAUGCGCCUGUGUGUCUGAUAGUGAAUGAGACUCGGAGGAUUGGUCGCACGUCGACACUGAUCCAUGAACAGAUGGUCCGGUGAGAAAUUCGAGAAACUUCGUGGCAAAAGAGUUUUCUAGGAUUUUGCUGUCCAGGCCAUCAGUUUCUCCAAGUCUUUUCAAGAGUAAAGAUUCUUUCACACUAACUUCUCUCUCCAUUUGGAUAAUAUAUGUUUGGUAAAUUGAAAAACAUUAAAUACAGUGUCUUUGUAAACAUUCCUCUGAAACAGGUCAGGGGAAAACGUGGUCUGGACUUAGGACAAGUGAUUAAGAUCGUGAUAUAAACGUGAUACACUGCUGUGUAAUUAAAACGAUUAAAUAAGGAACUUACUGAUUACAUUGAUAACAUUGAUAGAAUUAUUCAAAGAUGAUUGACUGAAAUACCGUCCUUUUGUGCAUAACAUUCCGAUUUGCUGUUUCACCUGUUUCUUAUUAAAAACAACGGCACGAUCGAUCAAGUGAGUGAAAUAAUAAUAGAAUGGAGUGAAAUUACGACGUAAUAUCUGUUAUAAAUAAUUAAAAAGCUGCAUUGUUCCAGAGGCAUUUAUUAUUUUAGAUUUAAGCUAUCGCGGAAUUAAA